AUGAGGCUCACGGCGGAGCUCAUCAAGGGCUCGCUGUCCUACCUUAACCCGCUCAAGGAGCGGGAGCUGGAUCUCCGAGGACAUCGAAUCCCGGCGAUUGAGAAUCUGGGUGUUGCAGGCCCCCACGACUCCAUCGACUUCACCGACAAUGACAUCCAAGUGCUGGGCAACUUCCCGCUCUCGCAGCGCCUCUCGACGCUGCUGCUGGCGCACAACCGCGUCGCGAGCAUACAGGCUUCGCUCCCCAAUGCGAUCCCGAACCUGCAGCAGCUCGUGCUGGCGUCGAACCAGAUUGCGCAGCUCGCGGACCUGGACGUGUUGGCGGGGUUCAAGCGGUUGACGCACCUGGUGUUGGUGGAUAACCCGGUGACCAAGAAGGAGAAUUACCGAUACUGGGUCGUCUGGAGAUGUCCGACGGUGCGGUUCCUGGACUACCAAAAGGUCAAGGAGGCAGAGAGGGAGAAGGCCAGGGAGCUGUUUGGCACGGCGGAGGAGCCCACGAGCGCGGCGGCCAAGAUCAUGGGCAACAAGUCCAAACAACUCGACAUCGCUGCCUCCAACGGCACGGCCGGCGCCGCGCCUUCGAAGCUCUCGAGGAUAAAGCUUACGGACAAGGAGAAGGAGCGGCUGAAGGAGAUGAUCAAGAAGGCCGACAGCCUGCAGGAGAUCAUCCGGCUCGAGAAGAUGUUGACGGAGGGGACCAUCCCCGCGGGUGUACACCUGGACGGGGACGCCACCAUGGAGGAUUGA